AAAAUGUCCUCACUUCCCAAGCCGCAGUUGAAAGGCUUGUUCUGGAGGCACUACAAACUGGUCUGGUUUGGAGCCCUGGCUGCAGGAGCCAGCAGCUCUGCCUGCUACUAUUACUACAUGACAUACAUCAGGGAUCGAUACAAGCUGUACAAGCGAGAUCAGAUCAUUUGGGACGCUGUUGCCGCUGAGAUCCACACCAAGCCCAGGUGGGAAGAUGACUGGGAGAAUGCUGUAAAGAAAACAUUCAAAACGAGUGAAAACAAAAACUUGGGCCUGAACAAGUAUGAUAGGUGCUUGGAAGACGCUGAACAGAACUAUUUCGACAAGUACGAUCUGCCUGAGAAAUACCAGUACAAGGGACUGCACCUCACCAGCGCCGCCAAAAGUGUCAAGCCCUGGCAGUGGGGCUGAACAAACUAGGCGCACUUACUCUACCCUAGAGAACCUGAAAUGAAUAAGAAGUGGUGAUAUAUAUUGAAAGAGACUUGAAUUGACGGUCCCCUGUACUAACUAAUAAACUCUGCACACUUUUAGCGUAUUGAUAAAACAAAAUACUUCAACAGGUAAUAAAGAAUUGACUAUUCUGAUAUCAA